AUGUCACGGAGUUCAACUUUCGACGAAACCGUCGACAUCUCGGGAUUGCUCAUGUCGCGUUCCAAGCGUGGCCGUCCGAAGAAGUCUAAGGAGGCAGGCGCUGAAGACUAUUGGGUCAAGUCCCCUCCGCCUGAGGAUGAUUGGGGCGUUGAAGACAUUAACAAAGAAUGGGUAUUCAAGAUUGUUGACGAAGUCGUCGGGCACGAUAACGAAAUUCUGUAUCAGCUCCAAUGGGAGGAUUGGGAACGCGAAGAUGGCACGAAUACUACCUGGCACACAAAUGGCUCUGUGAACAUUCCUUUGCCAACCAAAGAAUGGGAAGCGGAGCGCAAGGCGAACCUGCCAAGGAACGGCCAGGUCAAGGUUUGGAGUCCUGCUGACGUCGUCAACAUGGCCACAUGGAAUAGAAAGCAAAUCGGCGAACCAGUGUCCCAACGAAACGCAGUGCAACUAAUGGAGGAUCGCAACCGGUUAAUGGAAUGGAUCAAUGGUGGAAGCAUUGGGCCACACCCACUCAAACCUCGCACUUCUUCAACCCGAAGCCAAAGAUCGCCACCCAAGACCCCCAGUCGACAAAAUGGCUCAGCAGAUAACUUAUGGAUGCGCCAAAGCAAUUCUAAACCAGGUCCCUCCCGAAUAAGUCAGGCUCAGGCAGGCCCCUCCACAAUCGAAAUACCCGACAGUCCUCAAGCUCCAACUCGAACUCGUGCGAUUUCUAUAUCGUCAUCGUCGUCGUCGUCCGAUAUCCAAUAUUUAGGGUCUGGUACCCCGGAAGCGACGGAAUUCUCAAGAUCACCAUCCAAAGGAAAAGGCAAAGCCCAGCUUAAAAUGGCACCUCCUACUCCAAAUAAAUCGCGUUUGCCCAGCGAAGCAUCAACCUCGUCGUCUACCGUUCCGUCGGUUACUCGGACACCAGUCACGCGUAGCAGCAGCAACAUCAGCAACAAUACUGGUGAUGGGAGCUUGCGCAAACGCAGAGGCUCCCCUCUUCUGGAAAGAAUGUGCGCCAAUGGAUGUGGCAGCGAACUUCCGCCUCCAGAUGUCAGUCGUGGGGAUCUAUGCGACACCUGCGUCAAAUAUCCGAAGCCGUGGAAGAGAAUAAAAGUGGCUAUCGACGAUUCGCCGUCAAAAAAGAACAGUGAAACCCCUGGUAUCAAGCGAGACAAGAGCAAAAGCACGAAACCCGAAAAUAAUAGUUCGACGUCCUGGAAAGUAAAAACCCACAUCGACGAGGACAGACCCAAGGCACAGUUACCUCGGCGCAAAGGAAAGGAACGCGCAAGAGUAUUUCAGUUGCGACUAGAUCUAGCAGAAAAGUGGACUCUGAUCGCCAAAAACGCCGAGCGUGCCGAGGCAAUCAUGUUCGCCAACGAUUUAGAUGAUGAAGAGUUACCUUCUUCAAUCUCACCCACAUUCCAAUAUCUAGAGGACGAGUAUACGUGUGACGACGCGUUGUCUGAAGUCCCCCAACUCAGCCAGUUUUACAACAGCACAACCAAACAGCUUGAAAUUCCUGGAGCAUGUUUCGUCAACUGUGGUUGUCGAACGAGCGACUUGCCCAAUGGAGUGGAUUGCAUCAAUGCAGCACAUUGCGCAUGCCAAAGCGAGAAGAACGGCAGAGGAUUCGCCUACACAAAUGAACGCUUCAACUUCAACUAUGCGCCGAACGAAGUCAUCGUCGAGUGUAACUCUUAUUGCUCCUGUUCAACUAGAUGCGGCAAUCGCAUUGCUCAACGGCCUCGACAAGUCCCCAUCGAAAUCUUUAAGACACCCGAAUGCGGCUGGGGAGUUCGUUCUACGGCAGACGUCAACAAGGGCCAGGUUUUGGGUUUGUACACGGGGAAACUGAUACGUCGUUGGGACGCUGAACAACUCACUGGUGCACAAAAAGAUUUUUGUUUUGACCUUGAUUAUCAGGACGAUGAGCAGGACCCCGAAUGCCUGCUGAGCAUUGACUCUUGGCAGCACGGGAAUUGGACGCGUUUCAUCAACCAUUCCUGCGACCCAAAUCUGCUUGUUCAGCCGGUUGUGUAUGAGACGAUUUUAGAGCAAAACGCUGGCUACCUUGCUUUCAUCGCGCGCGGGUUCAUUCCUGCCGGAACAGAGUUCAAUUUCGAUUACAACCCACGAGCCGCACCAGGGAGUCCCAAGAGUCGGAAGAAAGCGCGGGAUAAGAACCAUAUGAAGCAGAUGUGUCAUUGCGGGUCCGUAAACUGUCGCGGCUUUCUGUGGUAG